AUGCCAAACACAGAUCACUACAUUCUCAAACGCAGCGGCUGGCUCAUCCUACUGUUCUUCACCCAUCUCUCCGCAUCUUGUCUCCGCAACAGUUUCUACCGCGAUUUUCUCAUUGCCAAUUUCGAGAACCAUCCUCCCUCAGCUUACAUGUGGGCUUAUGAGCUCGCGUGUUUUCAUUGUCGAGAGCGGAGUCAGAGAUGGGAAGAACGAGCGAAGACCGAAGGAAUCAAGACACCUUUUGGGGUUUUUUUAUUCAAGGCUGAGCAUGAGGAUGAGAAGAUGGCGGCUGCUAUUGUGAAUGGGGCUGGGGGUUUGGGGGUGGUGGGCGGUUCCCACGGGGUUGGAGCUCUGGGCGACUUUCGUUGCGGACUUUCAUUGGGUGGUGGAAAUGGGGUGGACAAGUUGGAGGAGUUGGGGAUACUUGAUAGUGAUGAGGAGGAGGAGGAUGAUGAUGAAGAUGAGGAUGAUGACGAGGAGGAUGAUGAUAAUGAGGAUGAAGACGAGGAACAUGAUAUUCUACUUCCUCUCUUAUGGAUAAAUGAUUGA